AUGUUUCCAAAUCCUGGCUCAAGUUUACCGCGAAUCAAUUUGCCCCAGCAAGGAGUUCGACCUGUUCUGAUUCGAGAAGCACCCGGAUUUAGUUGCGGCAAUCCAUCAGGCACACUUAAUAUGCUGCCUACGACAGGCGGCCAACCAACAAUUCCUCCACUAAUUGUUUCACACACCACAUCAGCUAAUUUGUUUACAUUGAGGCCAUUGCUUCCCCUUGCUAACUCAGCAGAACACAUAUCGGAUGUUCACUACCGAAUACGUCGAAAUGCUAUUGGUUGUCCAAGACCUCUGUUUUCUGAUAUGGAAAGACACCAAUGGUCAUCAGCAUCAGCAGUCGAUAGAUCGCAGUUUGUAAGACCACCAGGAAAUAAGAACAGCCGAUCAUUACCCAGUCUGAGAGAUAUCUCUCGUUCCACUGCAAAGCAGAAUUUAUACGCACGAGAAGUUGGGGCAUCUGAUGGUACUAUUUGUACGUCAGUGUCGGAUAGUAGGAUAUCCACCGUGGAAUCAGUAAAUGUCAGCGAUGAUGAUUUCAACUGUGUUGGUAAUGAAGAAAAGCAUGGAGAACAGAAGAGUGAUAAUUGUAACACUACAAAGAGACGACAUAGAAAACGAAAGCGUGAACAGUUUAGUAGCGGUGAAAGUGAAUCUGAGCAAAAUAAGGAUGUCCCUCGGUGGCAGAAGCUAACAAAAGAAGACUUUGUUGACACAAUAUUAAGCGACACUGAUGAAGAAAUUGACCAGAUUGAACAGACGGUCGCAAUGAGUGGGUUCCAUUCGCAGAGCAUUCCUGACGACAAAUUUUAUUACAUUAACGAUAUUGGUAAUAGCUAUGCAACAGAAGAAUUAAAAAAGCUGCAUAAUAGAUUCAGAAAAGAGAUUAUAGAAAAAAUCGCGAAGGAAAAGGAAGAUCAACCAAAAUGCGACCCUCCUGAUAUUCUUGCAUUUCAUGAUAACUGCAAAUGUGGUCAUCAUUCGGAUACUGAAACUGAAUCAGAAAGUUGUGAUUCUGAUGAGUGCAUCGAUGAUAGUGAUGAAAGGAGUGGCAGUGUAUCUGUCGACGAACAACAGACUGAUAAUAAAGACAAAAUUAUUCGUGUUAAAAUGAGUGAAUCCAAAAAACAUAGCACUGUUGCUAAACGAGAGGUCUUUAGAAAACGUAACCAUCCAGCUGUUCUACACAGUGAUGUUUGCUUCAAUGAAGUUGGUCAGAUGAACGAUGGGCCGGAGUGUCGCUGUUCGUGGGCAGCUAAAAAAUCUGGCUUACGACAUAAUAAAUAUGCUGGAGAGACUGUCAUUGAGAAAUGCGACCUGAACUCUAGCAAUUCGCAUCGUUUAUGGCACUAUAUACUUUAUACUGAACCUAAUCCAAACACUCUUGUACGCCGUUCAACAAAAAUCAACUACUGUGAUAAAAGUUAUGAGCUGGAAGGGUUUUCUGUAUUUUUUCAUAAGUCACUUCCAUCGAAUUUUCCCCAGUCACCGUUGUCAAAAUGGACAAGUGAUUAUAAUAUCAAAUUUAUGGAAGAAAAUAUUCCAACGAAUUUUACAAUAGAAGAUCUGGAAUUAUUCCAUCAUUAUUUGUUUACCGAUAUUAUGGAAAUGUAUGAUUUGAAAAAAUAUCCUCUUGAUAAUACUGAUGGUUGUCCAUACUACCACUGUAUGCCGAGAUUUGUUUGUAACCUUCCAGGUGGUGGGAAGGAGAUAUUACCAAUGUCUGUCGUAAUGUCUUACUUGAUUGAAAGCUAUCAUCGUCUCGUAACAGAAUCAGAAGCUCAGGUUCUUAAACAAAAUGUUGAUGCUUUUCGCGAAUUUGCUGAAAACAUGCGUGGUUCUUUGGUUAUGAAUGCAAAUAAGAGGCCAUCAACAAUCCGAGUAGAUCUUAUUGAUAGGCCCGAUUUUUUGCCCAACAAUUCGGAUAAUCUCUUUCCGUUGAUUACUCACUUUGGUGUGAGGCCUUCUUCUCAUACUUACAAUUCGAAUACAGAGUAUCAAAAAAUGUCGAAAGAAUACUUGCGGAUGCGCAAAAUUCUUGCAAUGAAGCCACGUGUAAGUGCGGAGGAGCGAGGAAAGCUUGCGCAAAAAGCUUCACAAUUAAAAGCAUUGCGUAAUGACAGUCAGCUGAAACGUGAUUUUGUUAUGUCGGUAUCAUCUCGCGAUUUCUAUAGUACAGGACUAUUUCCUGAUAUUGUACAGCAUGGUUUACUCCUAAUUCUUGCCUGUGCGCAUGUGCGUUUUCAAUGGUCUCUAGAAGUAUACGAACAAGAACGCAUUUGCUAUGUUUUUAAGAACCGUUCACUUUUGGAGCUAGCAUUGACCCAUCCAUCAUAUCGUACUAAUUAUGGUACUAAUAGUGAUCAUGCUCGUAAUACUCUUAACAAUUGUGGUGUGCGUUCUUCCAAGCAGCGAGUACAUGAUCGUUUGGUACAGCAGCAGUUAAGUGCUAAAAAGCGAGGGUUUCAUACUUUAAUGGAAAUCAUGUCAAAAUUGGGUUCAAGAAAAGCAGAACAGUCACCAUUGAAUCAUAACGAACGGCUGGAAUUUUUGGGCGAUGCUGUUAUUGAAUUUAUUACCACUAUCCAUUUAUUUUAUAUGUUCAGUGAUCUUGAUGAAGGUGGUUUGGCCACUUAUCGUUCGACAAUGGUUCAAAAUAAAAAUCUUGCUGUGCUCGCUAAGAAAAUAGGUCUGGACGAGUUCAUGUUGUAUGCGCAUGGACCCGAUUUAUGCCAUGAAUCUGAUCUUAGGCAUGCGAUGGCAAAUGCUUUUGAGGCAAUGAUGGCUGCAAUUUAUCUUGAUGCUGGAAUCGAUGAAUGUGAUAGAAUUUUUGGUCGCGCUAUGUUUUCUGAUUCGGAGGAAUUGCUUUCUACAUGGUUUAAUUUGGAGGAUCAUCCCUUAAAGCGAGAUAAUCCAAAUGGAGAUCGUCAUUUGAUAAAUGAUGUACCAGCGCUUCAGCUGCUGACAGAAUUGGAAAAAAGUAUCGGAGUUACUUUUAAACAUAUAAGAGUGCUUGCUAAAGCUUUCACUAGAAGGAAUAUUGGCUUCAAUAACCUCACUCUAGGACACAAUCAACGUCUGGAAUUUCUUGGGGAUACGGUUCUGCAAUUAAUAACAACAGAUUAUCUUUAUAAGCAUUUUCCAUACCAUCAUGAAGGUCAUUUGUCAAUAUUGCGCACUUGUUUGGUUAGCAACAGAACACAAUCCGUGAUUUGCGAUGAUAUUGGCAUGACGAAGUAUUUGGUUACACCAAAAGUUAUGCAGAAAGGUGGGCUACCAGUAUUGAGAGUGAAAGACAAAGCGGAUCUUGUUGAAGCCGAAAAGUACAAUUUUUGGGUACCGUCACUGAUUAUUUUCUAUUUAGCAUUUCUUGGUGCUCUUUACGUUGAUCGUGGAUUUGACUACUGCAAAGUUUUCUGUAGAAUUUGUUUCUUCCCUCGUUUAAAAUUUUUUAUUAUUGCCCAGCACUGGAAUGAUCCGAAAUCACAGUUGCAACAAUGUUGUUUAACUCUACGGCAAAUGGAUGGUGGCGAGCCAGAUAUACCGGAAUAUAGGACAAUAGCUGUUGAAGGUCCGACUAAUACAAGAGUAUAUAAGGUUGCCGUUUAUUUCAGAAAAAAACGAUUAGCAGUAGGGUGCGGACAUACAAUGCAAUUAGCUCAAAUGCAUGCCGCGGAGAAUGCUUUAAUAAAAAGAUCUGAUCUCUUCCCAACGCUGAAAAAUACAGCAAAACACGGUGCAGUGCAAAGCAAACGUGAUAAUGACUCAAUCGUCAAAGUGAAAUGCGAGCCAACUGAUCGGGCAAAACAACGUACCUCGUUUGAUUCAACUCAUGUUUUGCAACCAGAUACUGGAUCAUCACUCAUCGAUGAUAGUCAGACUUCUAGGCCACAGAUCGUUUCAUUGCUUGAUCUCAAGCUAUGCAGGAAGAGAAUUACAGAAAGCAUGAGAAAGCAGACCACCGUUUCUAUCAACCAGAAUAUUAGUGAAGUAGUGGGACCUUCCAUAUUAACUACAAAUUCAUUGGAAUCUGACGAUUCAAAAUGGCCACUAAAUUCUUUGGAUAAGUUGCAUCAUUCUCAAAUGAGUUACUUGGAGUUAAGCCUUUUCAAAAAACAUAUCAAGCGUUUGCAAGUCGACCAACAGAAAGACAUUUACGAUGUCAUCGACAGUAUUGAAUGGAAUCACUUGGUAACAGAAGCGCAUCUUGAGAAAGCACUGAAUACGCUGAAUGAUCUUAAAUGUAAUGUCAAGGGAUUGAUUGAUUCAGAAAUUGCUAUUCUUAUAAGCGCUACUGGAUGUCGAUGUCAAAUGUUAUCCGCGGCACAAAGGAACGAAUAUGCUAGUCGUUUACUUCAUAUACUUAAAAUGAGAGGUGUUGUGCUAGGCACUGCUGCUCGAAAUGCUUUGCUUGCUGCUCAGAUUGAUAACCAUGUAGACGUUGGUGUAGUAGAAACACUGAAGCAGUUCGAGUCAGAUGGACUUGUUCCUGACGCUCAAACAUAUGGCCAGCUUUCGCGAAUUUAUGCGCGAAAGGCCGAUUUAAAAAGAAUAAUUGAAAUAAUUAAUCAUGUUAGAUAUAUUGGAAUAGAACUGCCGAGUGAGGUACUUGAAUCUAUAGUUUAUAGUUUGGCGAGCUUAGGACAGGAUGAGAAGGCGAAGUCAAUUAUUGAACAUGUUUUUAAUAAUAUACCAUUGGCAGAUAAUUUGAAAAUGGCUUAUACAUUGGCGAAAGCCGAACACUUUGAUGGUGUGAAUGUUUUAGAGUUCCUGGAUAAGAUUGCGAAUGUUAAUACUUUUAUAGAGAAAUACCAGAUUUCAAUAUAUGAAUUAUUGUUUUCUCUUGCCAGAAAAGGGAACUUGGACGCAAUUAUAAAGCUAACAAGCAUUUUACCGCCCUUAUCCAAAAGUAUGGACAAGCAGUAUGAGUCCAUAAUUUGCAGUAAAAUCCGCAGAUUUUUAAGUAAGGAAGAACAGAAUAUUGUAGCAGCCGCGAUAUUGCUUGAUCUAAUUCCAAACAUUGAAAAGCGGCAUCCACUCCGUAUUUAUUUACACAGCGUAGCUUUAAAUAAUCCCAAGAACUUCCACGAUCUUUUUGCAAUUUACAAGCGAACCGAUGAUUUUGUAGAACUUCAAAAUCGCCCCCACUUACAGCUUCCUAUCGCAGUACGACAUUUCAAUGAGUUGAUGAAGGCUGAUACAAAAGAGAAGAAAGUUGAGCAUUUGUUAGAGAUUGCACGUUCCCUCCAGAGCACUGGAAUUACAUCUUGCGGUGAGAAAUAUUUUACGAAUGUGAAAGAGUUGUUUAUUGUACCGCUUCUGAAAGAUAUGAACUUUCUGUCGCAGUUGAUGAAAAAAAUUGAAAAUGAGAGCUCGCUGCAGUGUUUUGUGGUUGACAUUCUUAUUACUCAUCUAAUGGCAACAAAACAAAUGCAUCAACUUCAGCUAUUAUUACAAGGGACUUUGAAGAAUUCUUUGGCGGGAGAGACAUAUCCAUAUCGAGAAGUGAAAAAUUUUAUUCUCAAUACAUCAGUUAAGAACAAAAGCCUUGUUCCAGUCUGCCGUCUUUUGCGGCUGCUUUUUCCGCUACCCGGUAUAAAUAAUAAUUGUCAAUAUGAAAAAGGAAUGCAAAUAAUCAAAUCGGCCGUCAUUGCUGGUGAUUUGAAUAAAGUUAAAAUGAUGUGUGAAUUAUGGUCUACUGAUAAACGAAUUGUUCUUCGAAAAAGCGACAAGGAAGAUCUUUUAAAAACUCUUGAUUGGAAUGGUGAAUCAUCAAAGAAACAAUUUGUAAAUACAUUAUCAGAAAUGGGAUCACCUCUGGAUACAAAAGUUCAAAGAAAACAUUGCACGAAUGAAAAAUUAAGCAAAUUAAACAAGAUUUCAGCAGGCCGUGGUGUUAGGCAAAAGCCUAUAGGAAAAGCAGAAAGUGCGAAUCGAAAACGCAUGGAAAUGGAAUUGCAGAAUGCGCUUGAUUGUGGUGAUUUGAAAAAGGCAAAAGAAAUUUGGAUUAUGGGGCCAGAGUAUAUAUCUCCAUCUAAAGGGUUAUUAUUGGCUGAGAAACUAUAUUUUUCAAAAAUGAUGGAUCAAUUCAAAUCCGUUCUUUUGAAACUCAACGAACUUCAUGAAGAUCUUUCUUAUCACGUUCUUACUGCUUACGAUUCAUCGGAUGCGUCACAUGUGCGAAUGGUGUUCCUAGACAAAACGAGUAAGAUACUGGGCCUGCACUUAAAUAUUAAGCAGGAGCUUUUAUAUAACACACGAGUUAAUGCAUUCCACGAAUUAAUUGAAAAAGGUAAUCUUAGUCAUGCUCUUGAUUUGUUAAAAAUAAUCAGUGCUCAAAAAAAUUCGGUAUAUGGUCAGUUUGAUUUGAUGGGUGCAGCAAUCGAAAGGGAUGACACAACGAUUAUUUCUGAAGUAAUUAAUUUGAUUGCAACGUAUCAUGGCAAGGAAUCAUCCUUGGCUGACUUUUGUGUUGCUUUGUUAGAGCAUAAUAAAAAAAUGCAUGCAGUGCGACUGGUACAGAGUAGUAGUUUCCGACUUUCUGGUGCGAAGCUUAAUUAUUAUAUUGACCGGGAAAUCGAUCUAGGCCGGGUGGAAGUAAUUCUUAAUUUAUUCGAAUUAUGUAUUCGUAAAAAAAAUCUGGAACAACGAGAUUUGGAAAAUGCUGUAUCCAAGAUAGUCAAUUUCUAUGUUAAGCGAAAAAAUGAAGCGAUUAUUAACUUAAUUGAAGAGAGAUUAAAAGAUAUUGGUAUACGUUUGACUCCAGGAAUGAAUUCAUUAUUGUUGAAAUCGAAAGGACAAAAUUUUGACGUCACUUAUGAUGAUAAUGUGUCAAUUCCGUGA